CGAUCUAAAAUGUGUGGUGUCUUGUACCCUCUAUCGCUCUCUCUCUCUCGCCCCAUUUUGCACUCCUGUUUGAUGUAUCAAACUCAACUCCUCGUCUUUCAUAAAGGAAUAAAGGAAUGAAGGAACCAUGAAAGGAAGUUCUUCAAUUCCUUGUACUGUAUAUUUUUCAUAUUCGAUCAUUUUCGCAUUUUAAAUUCACUUCCGAAUAUAAAAGCUGAUGAUCAUCGCCUCCCUCUCUCUCACACAAACACAAACACACAGUUGGGUGCCCGCAAUGGCGGCUAAUAUUGCUCUUGCACUCGUCCUCGUUCUGCCAUUGUUGCAGCUGGUAAAUGGGGAGCAUAAGAUUGAUGAUUAUAGAGGGAGAUGUGAUCUGUACGAUGGAAGAUGGGUUUACGAUAAUUCAUAUCCGCUUUACAACUUGAGUCAUUGCAGCUUCGUACUGAAGCAAUUUGCUUGCCAGAGGAACGGUCGGCCGGACAAACUCUAUCUCAAGUAUAGGUGGCAACCGUCUGCAUGCAACUUGCCAAGGUUCAAUGGUGUAACUUUCUUAAGGAGAUAUAGAAAUAAGCGCAUCCUGUUUGUUGGAGAUUCAUUGUGUUUGAACCAAUGGCAAUCACUGGCAUGCAUGCUUCAUUCAGCUACGCCACAUUCUGAGUACAAGUUUGAGAAGACAGGUUCCCUCCGGACAUUCACAUUCACGGAGUACAAUGUUUCUGUGAUGCAUCUAUGGAAUGCAUUUUUGGUCGACAUUGUUCCCAAGAGAUACGGGCGGGUUUUGACACUCAACAAGCUUGACACAAAAACAUGGCAAGGAAUUGAUGUAUUAAUAUUCAACACAUGGCACCACUGGCUCUACCCCGCAAGGAAACAACCGUGGGAUUUCGUUGACGACGGGAAGCAUAAAUACAAAGACAUGAAUCGCUUCGCUGCCUAUGAGAUAGGGCUCAAGACAUGGGCUCGAUCGGUGGAUAAAAGUGUCGAUCCAAGAAAAACCAAGGUCUUCUUCCAAGGAAUCUCACCGGACCAUUUUAUCGAAAGUUAUUCGGGGCUCCAUAAUGGAAAGAACUGCAAUGGAGAAGCAAAACCCGCACUUGCAGACGAACAUCCAUGGCACCAACAUCCAGCAGAACUAGCAUUGGAGAAAGUAUUGCGUAACAUGUCAAAGCCGGUGCACUUGCUCAAUGUUACAAGAAUGUCGAAACUAAGAAAAGAUGCGCAUCCAUCGGUCUACGGCGUUGGAGGGCACCGUGGGAUGGACUGCACCCAUUGGUGUCUUGCUGGAGUCCCCGAUACAUGGAAUCAACUUCUGUAUGCAGAGCUCAUUUAGAAAUAAUAAGUCGUUUUUUAGCUGACACUAUUCAAACGACUUAAAAUGAAUAGUAUAUAUUAAUUUUCUUAUUCUUUUUUUUCUUUCUAAAAACGACACUAUUCGAAUGACGACCUAAAACUUAUAUUUUUUUUUGUAUUGGUAUAAGAAAUGUUAUUUGCCGGCUGCCACGUAGAUGUUAUUUCUGUUGGGGACAAUGUCUUAAAACCCAAUUUGAUUUGUAUGACAUUUCGGUUUAUUUAUCAAUAAAUUUGCUUAUUUUUCAAGAUAAA